UUAGAAUUGGAAGGUUUGUCAUACAGAUUCCGAAUCUGAAGUCGGGGCUAGGGAAAAUGCAGAUAUUCGUGAAAAACCUUACAGGGCAAACCAUAACCCUAGAGGUCGAAACCAGCGACACCAUCGACAAUUUUAAGGCCAAGAUCCAGGAUAAGGAAGGUAUUCCACCGGACCAGCAGAGAUUGAUCUUCGCCGGAAAGCAGCUUGAAGACGGCCGUACUCUUGCUGACUACAACAUUCAGAAAGAAUCAACCCUGCAUCUGGUUCUGAGACUUCGUGAUGGCACUAUCGAGCCUUCUUUGAUGGCAUUGGCCCGUAAGUACAACCACGACAAGAUGAUCUGCCGCAAGUGUUAUGCUCGUCUGUACCCCCAAGCUGUGAACUGCAGGAAAAAGAAGUGCGGACACAGCAAUCAGUUGAGGCCAAAGAAGAAGAUCAAGUAGAUUGCAUAUCUGGGUGAAGGGAUCCUACUUUUAUUAUUAGGUUUCUGGUUGGAAACUAUUGUUCUAAUAACAGACAUCUUAUCUUAAAGUUA